AUGAAAGACAAUGCAAUAAAUGUAAUAAGACAAAAGUUGGGUUAUCGAAAUUCUUUCAAUUUUGAUCCGGAUGGUAUUGCUGGCGGUUUGAGUCUAUGGUGGAAUGAUGAUUUGGAUAUCCAAAUCCUUUCUUCAUCUAAGAAUGUUAUUGAUACGGCAAUCAUUAGUAGGAAUGGUGAUUGCCCAAAGCGUAUCACUUGGGUGUAUAGCACACUGCAUAGAGUGGAAAAAGAUGCUUUUUGGAGGAAUUUAGAGCAGUUAAGUGGGGAUAAUUCCUUACCUUGGUUAUGUGCAGGUGAUUUCAACGAAAUUUUAUGGGGUUUUGAAAAGAGUGGAGGUCACGAGACGUCUCUUUAUAGGCCUCAGUACUUGAUGAAUUUUAUGGAUAAAAUUGGGUUAAUUGAUCUUGGGUUCCAAGGCCAAAGUUUCACUUGGAGAAAAAAUAGAUCCGAAAGGGGUUUAGUGCAAGAACAGUUAGACAGGGACCUGAUUAAUUGUAGUUGGCAGGAAGCUUGGCCAAACUCUACUGUUACUCAUUGCCCAGCUGUGGGAUCAGACCAUUGUCCUCUUGUGAUUGACUCGAGCCCGAUCCUGAAAAAGGAUGAAGAGAUUGAUAUUGCUACAAAAGAGAUAGGGGCGUUGAAAUCCCUUGGCCCUGAUGGGUUUCAAGGCUUAUUCUACCAUACAUACUGGGUGUUGAUCCGUAAUGAAGUUCGAGGUGCGGUUCAUGAGUUUUUCAGAGGGGAAGUGGCAUUGGAUAAAUUUAAUAGCACAAACAUCGCCCUUAUCCCAAAGGUCCCAAACCCAGAAGUUGUGAGCCAUUUCUGCCCUAUCAGUUGCUGUAAUUUCUCAUACAAGAUUUUUGCCAAGGUCUUAGCCAAUCGGUUCAAGCCCAUACUUGAGCAAGUUAUUACCCACCAUCAGAGUGCUUUUAUGCCCAAUCGACAAAUUCAAGACAAUGUGAUUAUGCUCAUGAGGUUUUUCAUCACCUAA